AUGAAAAAAUGGCCUAUUCCUACGACAGUGAAGCAACUCCGAGAUGCAUUGUCACGUGUGCCGGCUGAGUGGCCUGAGGAUUCUGUGACCAAUUCUCCAGCAUUUCAGGCAUUGGUCUCUCAACCCACCUUCUCUAUUAUUCAGCAGUUGCAAAAUGAGAACACGACAGACCCCUUUCUGGUGGAAUUACACAACAAACAGCUCAUGGGUACUCUCUCUUAUCCGUUCUCGGUUGUGCAUGGUUUAGUUGUUCACAAAGGUCGAUAUGUACUUGGUCCUACAUCUCGUUUGUGUUUAAGUAUUAUUAGUGAAUUCCAUGACACUCCAAGUGGAGGACAUGCUGGUGUAAAGCGCACGUUAGCCCGCAUUGCAGCUAAUUUUUUUCUGGCCUAA